AUGGACUCAUUCAUUUCAAUUCCUCCGAUAAUUAAACAGUCUAGUACACCGACUCCAGAUUCGCGGCGGGGAGAAAAUAGUCCUGCUCCAUCUGGUGGCGUGGGGACUCCGGUACCAGCUUCGUCGGGGUCAGCCGUGGGCGGCGGAGGAGGACCUAGUGUAAUCAAGACAGAAGAUGAAAGCGAGGAGGAAUUACGGCGGAGUGAAGCAGCAGUAGAGACAUUACAGCAGAUGGAUCUAUGGUCUCUUGUACUGGAUCUAAUGACUCGGAUCCAGGAAGGAACAGUGACAGCGAAAACUGUGGACAAUGAGGCAGGAAUUAUUCGGGCGCGGAUUUCGCGGGCACGUAUGUCGUUGAAACAUGUGACAGGGCUGGAUGUGAGCAUGGGAGAGCGUAAGGAGGAGAUUUUGCGGUUGGAAGAGGCGAUUCAGAAGAAACGGGACUUGCUUGUGCGGUUCCAAGCCGUAAUGGGCGGGAACUCCAACGAGACUGAGUGGCCCUCUGCGACAGUCGUGUCAAUAAAAAAGGAGCCUGGGACAGGUGAAGAAAAUACAAGCAGUGGGCCACCUGUUAAGGAAGAGUCAGUUGAUCCGAUAACCGAUAUUUCAAACUUUACUGGAAAUGGUGUCAAUGGGGACGAAGCAGUCCCAGUGACAACAAUGUCGGCUGGACUGGAUGUGCCUGCACCGAACGACUUGGACGUGUUCAUGAGCGGGAUAGAUGGAGUUCAAAGUGGUGGGGAUAAUCUUCCAGUUAGAACCAAUGGUUCUGAUGAAAUGAAGCCACCAGAUGCAAGUUCCGGGUUACUUUACGAUAUGCCAUUGGACACGUUUGAGGGUUUUGACUUUUAG